AUGGGGAAAUUUUUGCAGCCAGUUGGAUCGUUUCCUCCCAACGUCUAUUACCGUGACACCUACGGGCUGCAACACUAUAGCGAUGGAUACGGCGCCCAAAGGCACUACACCGAUUCCAUUACCACAGUGGAGUCCGAUGACACUGCGACUACUAAAUCCACAGGUAACUACUAUUCACUUACUCGAAGCAUGUAUACCUCUGCCCAGUAA